AUGUCUUCAAUCGUUGCCCCCGUUGCACACGCCGCGCAUAGCGCUGUUGCAUCGCUAUUCGCUGCAGCGCAGAUCAAGCCUGGCCAAGAGCUGCCGAAGCCGGGCAAGGGCGCGAAGGUCAAGGCGUCGGGAUCUGCGGACCCCGGCACGGCCUUUGAACUCGGGCCCUUCGAGGGAAAGCGAGUGGUCAUUGUUGGAGUACCAGGCGCAUGGACCGGAACAUGCCAUGCCCAGGUCCCCGGCUACAUUGAGAACUUCGAGCGCUUCAAGGAGAAGGGCGUCGACGAGAUCUACAUCGUUGCAGUCAAUGAUGCAUUCACUGUAAAGGCUUGGGAGGACAACCUCAAAGGCGGCAAGCCGUCUCCCGUCAAAUUCAUUGCGGACGAUCAGGGCUUGUGGACGGCUUCAGUCGGCCUGCUCUUCGACGCGACACCGUUGCUCGGCGGGCCUCGUAGCAAGCGCUACGUGAUUAUCACCACCAAGGAGGGCACCGUCGAGUCGGUCAUCGUCGAGCAGAACCCUGGCGAGUUGACGAUCACCGAUGCGAAGACGGUGUUGGCGAACCUAUCGUGA